GCGACGGUGAUGAGAUGCACGCAUUUAUGCAUGGGCUAGCUAGCGACCUCUCCAAGGUUGUGGAUAUAUACGACCUGAAUUACGAAGUCAUUCAGGAUAUCGUCGAAGCGCUCCCUGAGCUGCUGAGGGCUUUUGCGCUGAGUCUAGGCCAAGCGUCCACCAAUCAAAGCCAGCGUGAUAUCAUGGUUUUGAUUCACCAACAUCGACGAAAGAUUGCGUCAAUGUUUGAGCAAGCUCUCCUCGCGCGCGGUAAUGAAUUUAUGAGACAGCAAUCAGAUAAAGCGAUGUCUGUGGACGAUAAACCAUGGUUUUGGGGGCAAAGAAACGACGGAGCGUCACAAUGCAUGACCCUCCCUCAUCGCGAAAUCGUGGAUUUCCACAAAGGCUGCAUGAGGCAGACUGAAACCACCACGUCUCGUACAAACUCAGCCGCUCAGAACAAUGAGUCUGAGACUCGCAGCAAUUAUUCGCAACUGCAGAACUACCGGUCCUUAACCCACAGCAGUCCUGCUUAUCCACUCCUGCUGGAAAGGAUUCAACGUGAACGUAUAAUCGCUCUGCCUGAACCAAGUUCGGGAGCCGGGAUCCGCGAAAAGAUUAUUGGAGCUCUGCCUAAGACUCCACGUAUCAGUAGAAAAGCUCCGAGUCAGACGUUCAAUGUUGCACUAAAAACGAACUGGGACCCAAUCCUGUUCAUCGAGGAGCAGCGGUAUGAAGAGGCAGCAGAUUACGCAUUUGAAAGAAUCAUUACAACCACGGGCUGCCUCUCAUCAGUACAAGCCUUGACCAUCAGGGACUAUAUGGACCAAACCUGGCCAUUUACUGGCUGGGACGUGCUGUGCCUGGUAAAGACAGUUGUAAUUGGAGGGGUCAAGAAAUCUGUGAUCCUUGCGGAUGGUACUCGAGUCUCUUGUGCGCGAAGUACAUUUUCAAGUGAAAGGUCCUCGCGCCCAAUGCUCUUCGAGAUUUGUGGAACAGAACCCGCCAUUGCAGAGAUUAGCGAGCAGGUGGCAUGGAUGGCUUCUGCGUUGCGGACUUCUCCUUCACAAGGGACAGUCACAUAUAGCAAGCCCAUUAUUCAUGUCACCAGGCCGCAGCACAACGAUCACAGUUCACAAUCGGCUUUUCUUAUUGAGCUCACAGUUGAGCUCACGAAGCAUAUGAAGAGCGGGAAGGGCAUCAACGGGGAGUGCUGGCACGGAAUGAUGGCAAGCCCAGUGGUAGUGGAAGGUUUCCCAAUACGUCGGCGACCACCGCACAUGUUCGAGGGCCUCGAAAUACCGCUGGGAAUGCUGGCUCAGCUGGUUGACACGACUCGAGCAUCUGAGUUUGAUGAAAAGACACUCUUGAAGGGAUUCACCAGCAUGGCGAUUGCGACUAGCUAUUCCCAGAAUAUUGUCUUAUGGCAUUUCAUUCAGGAAUACGGGCGCCGAAUGUCUCAUUUACGCAGUGAAGAGUGGCCAGGUCUCUCCGUCGCAGUCCAAGACCUGAAGGCCGCUCGGCAUGUAGUAGGUUGGUGUCCAGAAAUAAAGCUAUUCGCAGGUCAACGAGGUGCGAGCUAUAGCAUUGGCCAUACAGGAUUACCACGCACUACUGAGGAGACAGAGCUGUUCAGUACCUCCACGCUCUCUGCAGGUCCAAUUCUUGCAGACGGCAUACGGCCUGUUAUGGGUCAAAGAGACAUCAGGGCACCACGUUCGUCAUUCAUCAAGAAGAUGAAAUGGCUCUUCCAAAAAUACGUUGUUCUAUGGGAUGAAAUGGAUCAAAGAGGAUGGCUGGUCAACGGAGCUAGCGCUCUGCUACAUCUUGUUCGAGCAUCGAUGUAUGAAGACCGCCGUGAGGGUGCACUUGAGCCUACUCGGCGUUUGCAUGAGGACCAGUUACACGAAGCCAAACAACCAUAUCAAUGGGACUCGGCGUUCCAACUCUUAGUACAUCCGAUCAAUCGCAAGAUAAACAUCUCCGGCAGCGGAGAGGAUCCGAUUACCUUUCAAAACCGUGCUGAAAACUAUUUUACCUUACUGGAACAGGCAAUAGACAUUCGGCUUAGAGCUACCAAUCGGCACAACCCGGCUGGCAUACAGCCUCGCUCGUUGCUGGACGGGUGGGAUAUCCGGGACCUCAUUAGGGAGAACGAUCGUAUUCACCUACGGCACACAGUCCUACCAUAUGAAGGCCGAUCCUGGGUGGACCUGACUCGAUCAAUCUAUGCAGUCACACUAUUUGGUCGGGGCUUCGGUGACAUUAUACAACCUGCGAAUUGGUCACAACCAUUUGCAAGAUGGGACACUGUCCCAACCGGCAGGUUCUAUCUCACCGCUAGCGCUCGUGAUAUUAAAAGUAUAGCGGAACUGAACGGUAAUCCAGACUCGAAUCCUGUAAGAUUGACCCGUGACCUUCUUUGGUGCUCGACGAAGGCCAGCAACACGCAGCAUUCGCAUGACGUCAGAGGGAGACUCAAGAGCACGGAGCAUGUCGACAUGCUUGUACCUGUGGCGAUGUCGAACGAGGCUCAAGAUAUGACCGUGGCCCCUGAUUGGGACGUAGGAGCUAUGGUCUUUGGGUUUAACCCGGACGAUGCAUGGUAUUGGGGCGACUACGGAUAUCCGACUCGGUCCAGGCCUGUCGUUCCGGAACUCGUGGGACCAAAUCACUCCAAAGGCAGCCCCGUUGAUAGUCAAAGUUCAUCGAGCCAUACUGGCGCAACCCGCUCUUCAGGAUACGUGGGGUCCCAGACAAUGGAGCAAGUGUUCUUCAACAUGCGGAAUUCGGCAGCUAGCCAGUCGAAACACGCUCUCCAUGAGCUGUCCAGAAGAAAGCCGGCAAUCGCUCACUACACCGUUGGAAUUAUUUGCGCCUUACAACAUGAGCUGAUGGCAGUCCGUGUUCUUUUCGACGAGGUCUUCGAGCCCGUCACGGUGACAGCCGGGGACCCCAACCAAUACGUCCUGGGCCGUAUAGCAGAACACAACGUGGUCGGCGUCUGCCUACAGCACGGCUCAGAUAGCACCUACUCGGCGCUGACCAGUGUCAAUUACAUGAAGCGCAGCUUUCCCAGGAUACGCUUUUGUCUCUUGGUCGGCAUGGGCGCAGGAACACCCUUCGACGCGCACGACAUCCGGCUAGGCGAUGUCGUCGUCAGCGACCCCCGCAGCACGUACUCGGGAGUCCUACCUUAUGAUAUCGCCCAGACGCCCGAAAGAGGGCCUUUCAGGCUGAACGGAUCCCUCCUCCCGCCGCCCAUCGGCCUUACGGAAGCAAUCAGCGCCCUCGAAUCGAACCCGGAGCCUGCCAUCGCCUCCGUCGAUCGCUACCUUCGCCAGAUCGAGCUCCUGAAAAUCCAAUACCAACACCCCAACCCCGAACCCGACCGCCUCUUCCUCGGCUUUUACCCCCACGCCCUCCCCAGUGACACCGACUGUCACCGCUGCUGGCCGAUGUUCGAGCUCCCCCGCCCGCCCCGCCCCACCCUCCAGCCCCGCAUCCACUACGGCCUCGUCGCCUCCAGCACCGCGAUCCCGCCCGCGGGCUACCACCGCGAUAUCCUCACCAAGGCGCAUGGAAUCCUGUGUUUCGAGACGGAAGCCGUUGGCAUCAUCGAUUUCUUUCCGUGUGUGCUGAUCCGCGGGAUCUGCGACUACGGCGACUCGCAUCGGAACAACCGGUGGCAGAACUAUGCGGCCGCGACGGCGGCGGCGUACGCAAAGGUGUUGUUAGCCAGUGUCAGGGGUGUUGAUGUAUAUGGAUAUGGACAUGAGUAUCCGUCUAGGGACGGGUUCGAGAUUGGUGGCAGGGACCUGGUGGAGCGGAAGAGGCGGCGGGAUUCGCCUGAUUCCGGGGCGGGGGUGGGCUCCUCGAAGCGUCCCGGUAUGCUCUAUGGGGUCUGAUUUUUUUUCCCGGGUUAUGCCGUAGGAGCUUUUGUGUUUUUUAUCUUUUUCCUUUUGUAUGUUAGGAUCUAUAUAAGUCUGGUUACAUAGUUGCGAGUCCCUUUCGGAUAUUGGAAUAAUGAUGAUACUUUGGUGCC